ACACAGUUAAAGUAGUAACUAUUAAACUUGUUAUCUUGGUGGGCAGUUGACGUCUGUCUGACAAUUAUAUCGUGAAUUUAAGCUGGGGAAGAAUCAUGCUGUCAAAAUGCUAACAUGAACUGAAAUUUAAAGGGUUGAGAGACCUGGUGAGACCUGGUGUAGAGGAGACGAGGAGGAGAUGAUGGAGUCUCCUGGUGCUGCUGGAGGAGGGAGACAGCCUUUACCAUCCUUACCUGCGGGGGGAGCUGUGAUCGACCGCUCCAUCAGCUGUGACCCUGAAUUCAUUCAAAUGCACGCUGCCACAACCACGAUUAAACAACAACAUUCCCGAUCCUGUGUCCAGAACCACCUGCUACCAGCCCACCAGACCCACGCCACCCUGCAAUGGAAAUCUGCUGAAGACAUCUUCUUGUCAAGUACUGGUGGAAACAUUUUGAAUCAAUCUAUGGAAGCUGAUGAUGGAGGUGGUGUACGUGAGGUGUCGAGCAACCCCAACCGCUUGGUAUCCUCUGUUUCAGCAUAUCCCCUCCCCAACACCAACACUGUCUCUGCUGGCAUUAUUAAUGCAACCCCUGCUGCUGCUGCUACUGCUUCUGCUGCUUCUACCUUUACCAUAUCUUCUACAUCAUCUUCUUCAUCUACCUCCACAAACUCGUCUUCUCACUCGAAUAUUCAGCAACAGCUUCCUUCAGGAAUGGUUAACACUAGUUGCCCAAAUACUGAAUAUACCACCUCUGGCUACCUCCAUCAUGGUUCUGACGCAUCUUCUUCGACUUCCCCCAACACAGUCACUUCAACUGGGGAUAUAAAUAAUGCCCAGUGUAACUCUAUUGGUGGAAAUAAUCCUCUUGACUUGUCUGGAAUACCCCCUAUUACGCAAGUCACGCUGCCCACACCAACAGAAAAUGGAGAGGGUAGAUUCAGCAAAAGUCCAACGCCCAGUCCAAAGCCUAGUCCAACAUUAAUGAUCCGUCAGACCUCAUGUGAUAGCAGUGAUGACCGAGCAAAUAAAAAUGACACUUGCAGCUUUAUAUCGAGAGAAGGCAGCAUGGAACGAUCCUUUACUGAGGCGUCAGCUGAGCACCAACCAAUUGAAAAGCUGCUCGAUUCAACCAGUAGAUCAUCUGAGUCAAGUCGUUCGGUGGAAGCUCCUCGCACACCAGAAAUUGGCACCAACUUCAAUGGUGUUCUGAUUAAGGAGAGAAAAGAGUCAAGAGAUUCAAAAUCAGGUGAUAAAAAAAGCAAUAAAGCUUGGUACAAAAUGUUGAACCCUACAUAUAAAAGUAGAUCCGAAGAUCUGAAGAGACUAUUCAAGGAUUUACCCUCCGAUGAACGACUUAUUGUUGAUUACUCUUGUGCAUUACAAAAGGACAUACUGGUUCAUGGUCGUCUGUACGUCACUCCAAACUACUUCUGUUUCUACUCCAAAAUAUUUGGAUGGGAAACUUUUGUCUCAAUCAAAAGUAAGGAAAUAGUAGCCAUGACGAAGGAGAAGACUGCUUUAGUAAUUCCAAAUGCUAUUGAGAUUCGAACAGAGAGAGAGAAACAUUUCUUCACCUCUUUUGCUUCCAGAGAUAAAACUUACCUAAUGUUGUUUAGGAUUUGGCAGAAUGCACUAAUGGACCAGCAAAUGAGUGCAACAGAACUUUGGCAGUGGGUUCAUUCCAGCUAUGGGGAUGAAUUGGGUUUGACAAGUGACGAUGACGACUACGUAGCUCCCUCAACUGAAGAUGACACUAAAACCAGCAUUAACCAUGGGCAUAACGAUCGUACUUGUGACUCCUCCAGCCUUAACACAAGCCUCAAGUUGUACAGUGGAGACUCGCUUGAGGAAACGUGUCCAGCAGACACCGGUAUUGAUGAGUCAUCAGUUCCUCCAGUACCAAAGAGCAGUGGUGGCGGUGACUCUGAGACGUCUGAGUUUGUGGGAACAGAAAGCCAUCAGCCUCCUAGAGUUCCUUCAACGCCCAUCAAGUCCCCACAGAACCACACUCCUCUCAACUCCACCCCACAACCCAAAGAUGACAUCCCAACGGAUAUGUCUGAUACCACAGAGAGUGAACCCGAGAGUAAAAUUACAUGUUUAUCAUCAGGAGAAUCAGUGGCAUGUCCAAACCAGAGCUCACACCACCAGGGUCGUGAGAUUGUCAACACCGUCUAUUCUCUCCCAGUGGACACAGUCUUCACUCUCUUGUUCACCAAUUCCAAGUUUAUGUUGGAUCUGUAUACUGCCAGGAAGACUUCGGAUGUUGUUGCAAGUCCGUGGCAGAGUAAUCCAGAAACUAACCAAAAACUCCGUCAGGUUACAUACACUCUCACGCUUCCUCCUAACAGCUUUGGACCAAAAGUUUCUCAUGUUACGGAGACACAGGUUGUGUCACAGUUCAGUAAACAUGGAGAAAUCUACACAGUUGACGCUGAAGCUUGUAAUGCAGGUAUCCCAUAUGCAGACUCUUUCUUUGUUUCCAAUCAUUGGUGUCUGACCCGUGAGUCUGCCACAGAAACAAGGAUUAGUGUUUGGUCGCAAGUGAAGUACAAGAAGAAUGUUUGGGGCUUUAUGAAAGGAGUUAUUGAUAAGAAUGCAUAUAAUGGUGUUGAAAAUCUUCUGAAUGAUAUCAACGCUGCACUGCUGGCUGAGGUUGACCGCACAAACCUGAAGAGAACUCGACGGAGAAGAAGAAGAGUUGGCAGCAAAGGAGAACCUCCUGAUGUGCUUCUACCAUCACAAGUUUACCCAGAUAAGGUUAAGGAUAUACACAAAUCAACACAGAUGCCUGCCAGAAAACUCACACUACCAACUGUUACACCAGACAACACUAUAUCAUCAAACGAAGGUCCGGUUAGACUAGUGGUGGCAACUCUCGUUAUUCUGUUAACCCUCAAUGCUCUGCUCUACUACAAACUCUGGGCACUGGAGGAGAAAAUGUUCCUUCGUUCCUCUCCUUACCCGACUCUGGAUCCUAGUAUGUUCAGAUCUGGAACUGUUGGUGGCCCCCUGGAGGAGUGGGUACGAAUACUACAGCAACAGGAAGCAAUUCAUGCUGCAGAGGUAGAAAGAUGGCGAAAAUCUAUUGAAGAAGCUGCAGGGUUUCUCAGAAAGGCUGAAGAAUCCUUGCGCACCCUUCACACCUCCAUACCUCCACAUCAUGCGUCCAAACUUCAGUUACUCCUAAGACAAAUACAAAAUUUACAUGAAGCAGAAUCUCAACGCAGAUCAUCAGCAGCAACAUCAGAACCUCUUCACCGGGAUCAAGAAGCAACUCUAGUAGAUCCUACCAUAGGACCUGACAUCCCUGAUCAUGACAGUGAUAGUGUUUACAAAAACACACAUGAAAAUGAGGUUCAUGUAGACCUCUGAGUGUGUUACGUAACUGUAGAAAAUUUCCAUCCUCAAAAGUCAAUAAUAACCUUGACAGACAUUCCUCCCCCCCCCCAAAGAGUUAAUAUUAACUCUAUAAUAUAUAUAUAUAUAUAUAUAUAUAUAUAUAUAUAUAUAUAUAUAUAUAUAUAUAUAUAUAUAUAUAUAUAUAUAUAUAUAUAUAUAUAUAUAUAUAUAUAUAUAUAUAUAUAAUUAUAAAUAAAUGUCUCAUGUUGAGCCAUUGAUUAUUUUUUGUAAGAUACAAAAGAUCUUAUACUUACAAAACAGUGCAAAACUUUGUCAUCAUUUUGUGGUGGUGAAUAUCAGUGGCUGUCGAUGAUUUUGAGAAACAAAGUCAACUACCCUACAGUCAUCAGUAAGUCACACUAAAAAGGUCAUGAUGUAAAUUAUCUAGUCCCUUUAUAAGGUGAAUGAAGAUAUGUGAAUGUAUAUUAACCUCUUGUUAUUUGGUGGCAAAUGUGAGGAUGUUUAAUUGAUACUGUACAGUAGUUGAAUAAAAGUACAUUACAUUACAUUAGAAAGAACAAAUGAUAGUGAAUGAAGUGCGAAUAUUCACUCUGACCAUCCUGUAUCAUAGUAGGAAAAGGUUGGCAAGGGAAGAAAAUAAAACUAGUGUUUGUCUUCAGUGAGAGUUCGUGUAGAAAUUAGCUUGCAGUUCUCCCGCAAAGAUUUAGAAGCUUGAAUAGAUUUCCUCUACUUGCACUUGGACAUUUUUGAGGAAAUGAUGGUGCGAGUAGCACAUGCUUAUUAAGCUUCAGAUGACUCAAAAGUGGACCAACUCAAUAUAUAAAUGAAAGGUUGUGGAGCAUUUAUUCAUUCAUUCCAGUGUAUUACCUAUCUUAAGGGUACACAGUGUUGGGCUGGUUCAGACAAAUGUAAUUAUCCAAUAGAUAUUUUUUUGAUAUUCUAUUUAUGCACUUUAAACUAGCAGUAUUAAAAUUAGUGUUUAUAGUAUUUAAGGAUACACACUUGUGUAUUUAAAUAAACAAAAUAUUUAUAUACCUUCCCUGAAUUAAAAUUACCUUAUCCUUUAUAUUUGUCCAUAAGAAAACAUUUGUAUGUGAUGAAAUAAGAUAAAAUCUUUUCUUUAUUCAGUGAGAGAAGAACCAGGCUAUGUAUAUACAUAUGUUAACGGAGGAGAGGGAAUAAAGAGGGCAAGACAAAUACAUAGUGGAGUGAUGGCUUAGAGGCACUUCUGUCAUGAUUGCUCUAGAGGAGUGAGAGGUUUUACAGAGGAGGUAAGUUACUGUUGGAAUUCCAUUUGUUGACAAGUACCUGUAGCUGUAUGGUCAUAUAGUCAAACUGGAAGGUCUAAUAUGUCUAUUUAUUUUUACAGUAGAAGAUUAUUCCUAUUAUGUGUACUAUUAUUAUUAAUAUGCAUACAAUUUAAAAGGCAUAUCAUUACAGAAGUAAACAAUAAUAGCUGCAUGGUUUAAUUUCUGUGCUUGUCCUGGUAAUGCAUGAAAGUGAGUAUGUCUCUGCUGAUCUGAUAUGCAUUGAGUAAAACAUAAGUGUAGAUCAUGGAAUUUUCAGUAUUUUUUUUUACUUUCUUACAUAUUCAGAUGUAACUCAUACUUUGAUAUCAGAGGGCAUUAACAGCCAUGAUUCAAUAUAUAGUAGUCCCAUGAAUCCACCACACCUUUACAUAGCUGAAAAGUUAAAAGUGUCCAUCCAAGUCUAUCACUGUACAGCAUUAGUACUCUGAUUAUAGUUUCUAUUUUGGUGGUGUUAGGAACCUACAGUUUAUACUGUUGUAAACAUCAAAUCUAAUAAUUUAUCAAAGAUUUUAUCUUUCACAGAAGUAGACACUGAUGUAUAAUUUCAAUACAGAAUAAUUGACAGGUUAAAUUAAUACCUUAUAUUUGUCCAAUUUUUUGGUCAUGAUUCAUUAUAAUUUACAGAUUUUGCAUUGUAGAGGGACAAAAUUGUUAUUGUUUAGUUUCAAGUAAUUACAGGUUGAGAAUCCAUUAUCUGGAAUUCCCAAAACAAAAAAAACUCUUGAAAACCUAAGAAAAUUCUAGGAUGCAGGUGAUAUUGGUCACCCAGCUGACCCGAGCUGAACUGAAUAUGCCUGACCAUCUGGACAUUUACUAGCUAAUUACAUAUGAUACACUGUUUACAUACAAUCUUGAUAACUUAUAUAUUGAAUACCAUUAAAGAGUACAGUAAUCCCUUAUUAUUCACAGACAAGUAUUUUGCAUACAGACCUUCAACAGUUUGUGGGAGGCAAUAAAAUACUAAAUAUUGAUACUGUACAAUAAUUAGAAAUAUCUGCUAACAGACAAUGUGUCUACUUGUGCUGCCAGCUACUGUAUUGAGAAAUAGGGGAACUGUCAGUGUAUUUCCAUCAGCUAAUUGACUGCCUUUAUUAAAUUUAGUUAUUAAACCUUUAAAAACUUGUGUAAUGAAACAUUCUUUAUUAAAAAAAAUUAAUGCUCAUGUAAAAAAUGAAACAUUAAAUAUAUUUAAUAUCUAAUUUAAUAUGCUGUCAUUCUGUAUUUAUAAAAGAUUUGUGCUGCUGCUGUAACUGCUGCUAUAAAUCGGCUGUACAGAUUUAUAUAAUUGAUAUCCUGGUAUAAGGUACACUGUAUAGGGGCUAUGAUAUAAUUUUACUCGGUUAGGCACUUAGUUGUAGGUUGUUUGUCUCGAUAAUUAUGUAGUUCAAAUGCUUCAAGAAGAAAAAGGUGUUAGAUAGUUUUGGGUGACUGGUAGGUCACCCAGAGAGGUUCAGGCUGAAUAUGAUAAAAUUCCAGAAUCCAUAACACAUUCUGCCCCAAGGAUUUCAUAUAAGUGAUUCUCAACCUGUAUAUCAAAACACUUACUUUACUUUCUGAUAAUUGAAUGGAGAAAUAAGUUCUUUCAGUAUAGUUCAGCAUCAUUAAACAAGCAUAUUUGAAUAUAAUCUUCAUGUGUGGUCCAUCCCUGUUCGUGCAUAUACAGGUACUCCCCGACUUACAACGGAGGGACCGACAUCCGGGUCGUAAGUCGAAAUGGCCGUAAGUCGGAAAUGCUUAAGUAACACAGAAAAUCAAAAAUUUGGAUCUCUUUUUCUUCUCAGCACCACAAAACACUCACUUUUAAGCUUGCCAGCCAUUUUAAAGUGAAUUACAGAUGAAAAUUUUGUCUGUUUUCUGACUUUGGGACUCAAAAAUACAUAAUUUGACCACAUUUUGGUACGACUGAGGCAGGUCGUAAGUGCGGGUGGUCGUAAGUUGAGUCGGUUGUAAGUCGGGAAGUACCUGUACUGUACACUGCUUUCAAGUGUGCUGUAUUAGUGACAGGUUUUUAAUGGGAUACCUUUAUAUUUUUUAAUUGGAAUAAUGAAAUUAUUUUGCUUAAUGGUUUUCAUUCAUUUUAUUUUCCACUUGCCUAAAAAUUUACAUACAGUACCCUAAAUAUUUAAGUGAAGCUGUACACACGGUGGCAAUAAAGUUCUUUGUUUACUUACUAGCGAUGGAUGUCUUGGUGUUGCAAGUUGACUGUGAUACAAGUAGGAAUAGGUCAUGAGGUUCAUAUAUUUUUAUUUUUGUCCAUAAUUUUCUUAUGAUUGAGUUAUGUGGGAUUAAAGAUAUGCUGAACAUUGAUUUCAUUGUUUAGUACAGUAUAUUGUAUUCUGAUGUGCUUUGCAUUUGAUGUGGUUAACAUUCAAGCAACUUUUUUUCUUAGCAUACUGUUUUUUUUUUUUUUUUUUUUUAAACUGCAACAGCUCAGUUGGUAGCAUUUCCUAUCCAUGAGACACUGGUUCAGUCCAGUGGCAAGGCUGUGGUGUUGAGCUGGCCAUUCACCACAUCAAGUGUCCCAGGCUAAACUAACCCCUCACCUAAGAGUCACCACUGCACAAAUUAUAAGAAACUGCAUAAAGGAUGUUAUUUUAAUUUCAGUGAAUUAAUUUGAAACGGUUCUUUACAGUCUUCUUUUACUUUUUGGUCUGAAUAUAAUGUAGUAUUGCUGGACAUACUUUAAUGAAAUCAAGUCAGACAUAAUAUGAUGUAUGCAGUGGUUGUCAGAAACUAAAGAUAUACUACUGCUGGCAGUAUGGUUAAAUUAACUGGUUAUCUUAUAAGCUACUGGGAUCAUUAUGUAUUAUUAACGUAGUAAUGCUGUCUUGUAUAUGAGCUUUUUUAGUGACUAUUUUUCAUUGUGAGUCACCAUCAUCAGGUUUUUUCCCCACGUCCAGAGUGGGUUGUUUCAUUAUUCAUUCAUAAUUUCUUUUAAAGUUAGAAACCAUCUCAAUAUCUUAUAAUCUAAAAUUUCCCAGCCUCUCAAAAUAUAAGAUGAAUAACUUUAUAUUUUGUUUGGCUAUUAGGCAAAGCAAGUACCACUUGUUUAUACAUUACCAAGAAAUAAAAUAAAAAACAGUAUUCUUCAUGUAAUCUUUUCUUUGUAAGUGUAAACAAGUGGAAAACUGUAGUUGAGAAAGGCAAAAUAGCAGUGGUCAAUAAGAUAAUGAGGUAAUAUUGUGUGUGUGUGCUCGUGCGUGCGAGACUACGGACUUAUACUACAAGGUGGCCUGUAGUGCUUCCAUGGAUGAUUAAGGCCAUACUGGGAAGGAUUCAUAGUAACUUGGAAAUCGGUUUUGAAAAUCAAACUCAUAUUUAAGAGAUGGAAACUUAUCUUUUAAUAAAGUAUAUUUCAAGAAAAUGUGAAUACAAAGUGUAUGUUUUAAGUGGAUCUGAUUUAUAAACCUGGCCAACCCAAUGUUCUACCUGAAUAUUGUUUUGAAAAUUAUCAUAAAUUGAACUGUUAUUGUAUGCUGUCCUUUCAAAGCCAAAGCUUGGAAAAUAAUGUAUGAAAAUAUUAAAACUUGUGUAAAACCUUUAACCUAUGAAAUAACUGUAGAAACCUAAUUAAUUUAAUUGAAAGGUACAGUAAACCCCUGCUAUAUCAUAGUCAUUGGUAUGUAGGGCCACUAUUUCACUAUAAACUACCGGGUAUUUAAGAAAAUGUAUUUUUACUCAUACAUAUAUUUUGAAAUGCGAUGCUCAAAUUUUCACAGUAUGGGAGGACAGUGAGGCCACUCACAGUUAGUUACCUUUGGAAGUUUCAGCCAUAAUUACUUGAUCACAGAUCAUCUUAAAUUUUGAUUUCAUACAGUACUUAUUUAAAUUUAAUGUACUCUUUAAAUUUAAUCUGGCAUAUACAGUACAGUAGUAAAUCAUAAUUAUCAUUCUUACUAAAUUAAAUUAAAUGUCUCCUAGUAUGAGUGUACAGUAUACAGUAUUUUAUUAUGUAAACUGAAGUACAGGAAUAGUUAAUCUUGUAAUUACUGUACACUGAAAUCAAAUUUAUAUACUAAAUGGGCUUUUACACAGUCUUGUCUAUAAUACUGUAUUUUUCCAUUCAAUAAUAUAUAGAAUCAUGUUAAAUUUCCAAGUACAUAAAGCAUACAAUCUGAACUAAAGAUGUUAUGCAUUUUCUAAUUUGAAAAUUCAGUAACCAGCCCCAAAUUUAAAAUUGAUUGAAUAAUUUGCUUAAGUUAACAGCAGAAAAAACAAGCCAAACAUGACCUCCAUUAAUUACAAACAAGUCCAAUUAUAGUUGAAGUGGAGGAAUAGCAGCCUUACCUUAUUAUUUACUGCUGAACAAGACUUAUCAUGCUCUUCCUUUCAUCAACCAUUAAGCCAUGCAGAACCUUAUCACUCCUCUCUUUACAUUCAUCACUACAGUCUAUCUCCAGGUGAGUGUUAGUCAUUAAUUUGUUUUUAUCAUUAUCAUGUCUUUAGGUGGAUAACAAGGCAUUGGCUGCUAAUUUGUGGAUGGGUGGGGGGGAAGAUGUGCAGGGAUUUUGUGAUUUUGAAAUGCAAUUUAUAUUACCAAGGUAUGCAGGGGCUUAUUGUAUGCCAGUUUUAAUUUCAAGUGAUAACCUUAACCAGAUGGAAUAUUGAUAUUUUUAUGAACAAAGCAAUGAUUACAGUAUCUGGAUAGUCAAUGACCAUGUCAAAUACGGUAUUUUCAUUUUAGUUUAAUUUACCAUGUAUUGAAUGCACAACUGUCAAUGCUAUUUGCUAAAUGUUAAUAUAUUAUUAAUGUAUGUUUUGUUUAAAGUCAGUUUUAAUUUAUUGUCUUCUGAAUUCAAGUAGUCAGUGAUAGUGUGGUACAGUAGUAUCAAACAGAAGGUACUGUAGAGAUCUUACCUAAAAUGUAUCCUAUUCAAUAAGGAUAUUAAAUUCCCUAAAAAAAAAAGAAAAAAAAAAGCAUCUCCCAAGUUUUUGAUAGUGUUAUAGAAAGCCUCUAGUUGUUGUUUUGUUAGUUAAUGUUUUUGGGAUUAAAUAUAGUUGAAUAGUGCACACAGACUUCAUGGUUUGUAACUCAUGUCUUAGCUGGUGGAAAGGAAGUAACUGCAACUUAUUUUAUGAAGUCACUCUUAUAUAAUAUUUUUGCAAUUCAUUAAAUCCAAUUUUUAUGUUCUUAAUCAUCAGAGCUUAGAUCUUAAUAAAAAGCAUUCCCAAAACAUGCAUAAAGCUACACAUGUAUAUAAUCAAGUACUUUGUUAGAACAUUAGAUGGUACCUUAAAUAAAUGGUCUCUUUA